AGAGAAUUUAUGAAAUACGAAGCAGUUAAAAAUUAUUACGACGGCAAUUUUUACGAAAGCGGUUUGACGGAAAGUUUGGACGUUGUUUCGCCGAUUGACGGAAAUUUGCUUUCAAAAGUUCCGAUGUCGAGCGUUGAAGAAUUGAACAAAGCGGUCGAAUCGGCAAAAAAUGCGUUUCCGAAAUGGUCGAAUACGCCGAUCAAAGAACGCGUUCAGGUCUUUUUCAAAUAUCGUUAUUUAUUGGAAAAAAACUUUGACGAAUUGACCGCGCUCGUGUCGGAAGAAAACGGCAAGACUUGGGACGAAGCGAAAGCGGAAGUCGAAAAAUCAAUUGAAUUAACCGAGUUUGCCUGUUCGAUGCCGCAAUUGGUUUCGGGCGAAGUUUUGGAAGUUUCAAAAGGUGUUGAGUGUAGAACGGAACAUUUUCCGCUCGGCGUGGUCGCUUCGAUCGUGCCGUUUAAUUUUCCGCUGAUGGUACCGAAUUGGACAAUGCCGAAUGCGCUUGUUUUGGGUAACACGAUGAUUAUGAAGCCUUCCGAACUUGUUCCGCUCUCGUGUCUGCGAAUGGCUGAACUUUUAAAGGAAGCGGGAUUGCCCGACGGCGUUUUUAACAUCAUCAACGGAGGUCGCGAAAUCGUCGAAGCGAUCUGCGCUCAUUCCGAUAUUGAAGCAGUGAGUUUUGUCGGUUCGACUAAAGUUGCGAAAUUGGUUUAUCAGCAAGCGACGCAUAAUUUGAAACGCUGUAUCGCGCUCGGCGGCGCGAAAAAUCACCUUUUCGUUUUGCCCGACGCAAAUCCGCAGAUGACGGCGACGAAUGUUACUGCGUCAAUGUCGGGCUGUGCAGGUCAAAGAUGUAUGGCGGCUUCGGCGAUGCUCGCGGUCGGAAAUGUCGAUUCGAUCAUUGACCAAAUUUGCGUCGAAGCGAAAAAGGUCGUCGCGGGCAAAAAUCUCGGUGCGGUGAUUUCAAAAGCGGCGAAGGAACGGAUUGAAAAUUACAUCACGGAAGCUGAAAAA